ACUAGAUUCUAAAUUUAUUUUUGCCGACGGCCACAUUUUCCAUCUGGUCCACAUUCCACUCUCGAUGUAACUUUCCUAAUAAGAAGUCCGAUCCCGAGGCCUCAAAUACAGAGAAAGACACGACAUCAAUCCAGACUCAGAGAUUCACAGAAGCAAUGGCGAAGAAGGCAGUCUUGAUAGGAAUCAAUUACCCAGGCACCAAGGCAGAACUGAAGGGCUGCAUAAACGAUGUCAAGAGGAUGUACCGAUGCCUGGUCGAUCGAUAUGGGUUCUCUGAGGAAGACAUCACCGUCUUGAUAGAUACCGAUGAAUCCUACAUCCAGCCAACUGGGAAGAAUAUUCGCAGGGUCCUCACUGAUCUUGUGAGAUCGGCUGAGCCAGGCGAUUUGCUUUUUGUGCACUACAGUGGACAUGGGACCAGGCUUCCUGCCGAGACUGGGGAAGAUGAUGAUACUGGCUUUGAUGAAUGCAUUGUGCCCUGUGACAUGAAUCUUAUCACUGAUGAUGACUUCAGGGAGUUUGUGGAUCAAGUACCACAUGGCUGCCGCAUAACAGUUGUAUCUGAUUCUUGCCAUAGCGGUGGGCUUAUUGACGAGGCUAAAGAGCAAAUAGGGGAGAGCACAAAGCGUAAAGAGGAGGAAUCAGAAAGUGGGUUUGGAUUCAAAAGUUUCUUGAAACAGACCAUCCAAGAUGCAUUUGAAUCUCGUGGAGUUCACCUUCCUUCUGAUUUGCACCACCACCACGGCCAUAGGGAUGAGGAGGAUUUUGAUAACAGAGUAGUUGAAGAAGACUAUGGUGACAGUGGCUAUGUGAAGAGUAAAUCUCUGCCUCUCUCAACUCUCAUAGAAAUUCUGAAGCAAAAAACAGGAAAAGAUGACAUUGAUGUUGGGAAGCUGAGACCAACACUUUUUGAUAUGUUUGGAGAUGAUGCAAGCCCUAAAGUGAAGAAGUUCAUGAAGGUAAUUCUGAAUAAACUCCGACAUGGUGAUGGAGAAAGUGGAGGUGGUGGAUUCUUGGGGAUGGUUGGCAGUCUGGCGCAGGAAUUUCUCAAACACAAGCUGGACGAGAAUGAUGAGAGUUAUGUAAAGCCUGCAUUGGAGACAGAAGUGGACAGCAAGCAAGAGGUUUAUGCUGGAAAAACCAAGCGGUCCCUGCCAGAUGGAGGGAUUCUAAUCAGUGGCUGCCAGACAGACCAAACUUCAGCUGAUGCCAGUCCUUCAGGAAAAUCCAGCGAAGCUUAUGGGGCUCUUAGCAAUGCAAUUCAGACCAUAAUUGCUGAGACAGAUGGUGCAGUUACCAAUCAGGAGCUGGUUUUGAAAGCUAGGAAGAUGCUGAAGAAACAAGGUUUCACCCAGAAACCAGGUCUCUACUGCAGUGACGAUCAUGUUGAAGGAAGUUUCGUAUGCUGAUAUGAAGAGUUUCUUUGUUACAAAGACAAUUAUGCGUGCUAUUAUGAGAUGUGUUUGCACUAGUUAUUGUGAGUUUUGAACAACAAUACCCUGAACCUUUCAUAUUCAAGUAAUGUGAUUUCAAUUCAAUAUUGGGCAGCCAUUAAUUGUCAUAGGCACAUGGAAUAUGAAAUCACAGUAUAAUUAAUCCUGCACUUGAAGCCAACCACUAUGGGUGAUUAGCUUUUGCAGUUAAAAGUUUACUGAAGCUAUAACUUGGAGUACGUCCCAUUUUCUGGUACCAUGGCCUUCCUUGUUGCUGGUUGAUCCGUGGUCUUUGCAUUCGUCUUUAUUGGAUUCCUGUAUCCAACUGCUCAUCUGUGGAGGUAGAAGACUUGUUCUUUGGAGGACUUCUUGACGCUAAAUUUAUUUAGCCAUGCUUGGCCUGGUUUUGAGAUUCCCAGUGUCUUUGGCAUCGUGUUCUGGUUUUUCCUUGGGUCGUAGGCUUUUUUCUUAUAAGGCUAGUUGUUGGACUAUGAGUUCUUAUUGUACUUGGCCAUCGGCCAUAUUUUAAGCAGCUAUAAUAAAUGUUUUUGCUAGGUGUAUGUAUAAAUAUGAAAGGAAUGAGAAACCAUAAAUAAUUGUUUUGA